UUCAAUGAAAACCUUCCAGAAACUUAAGAAAUGGAAAGUUUCGAGUUUUCAACUGAGUUGGUUCCGGGUUUACCCGAAGAACUCGGUCUUGAGUGCUUAACUCGCUUACCUUUCACAGCUCACCGACUUGCCUCCCGAGUUUGUCAUCAAUGGCGGGAAUUGCUCCAAAGCCAAGAUUUUUAUCAUCACCGCAAAAAAUUAGGGUACAUCCAGAAAGUCGCUUGCUUGGUUCAAUCCUUAAGUGGUGGAACCGUGAAUGGACCUAAAAAACCCGGUGAGUCACCGUGUUAUGGAAUUGUUGUGUUUGACUCGGUGAGUAGGAGUUGGGAUAGACUCGCCCUGGUUCCCAGGUACCAAAAUGGGUUACCUUUGUUUUGUCAAUUAGCAAGCUGUGAAGGGAAGCUUGUGAUGAUGGGCGGGUGGGACCCUGUGAGUUACGACCCUGUUACUGACGUUUUUAUCUAUGAUUUCAUGACUCAGCAAUGGAGACAAGGGAAAGAUAUGCCGUCAAAAAGGUCGUUCUUUGCAAUCGGAGCAUGUUCGGAUCAGGUCUUUAUUGCGGGUGGACAUGACGAGAACAAGAACGCGUCAAGAACCGCGUGGGUUUAUGAUUUGAGAAAGGACGAGUGGACUCAGUUAGGGGAGUUGAGUCAAGAGCGAGAUGAGUGUGAAGGAAUGGUGAUCGGGGAAGACGAGUUCUGGGUUGUGAGUGGGUACGGAACGGAGAGUCAGGGUCAAUUUGAUGGGAGUGCUGACGUAUACGGGUUUAAUUCGGGUCAAUGGAGGCGGGUCGAAGGGGUAUGGGAACCGGGUCGGUGCCCGAGAUCAUGUUUAGGGAUUUGGAAAGAUGGGAAAUUGUUGAAUUGGGCAGAGCUCGAUCCGGCCGUUCGGUUCGGAGCAUGUGGGAUUACGCUGGGAGGGCGGGUCUUGGUUUCCGGGUCGGAGUAUCAAGGUGCACCACAUGGGUUUUACAUGGUGGAAAUGAAGGAAGGGCAAACUGGUAAAUUGGAGAAGAUCAGUGUGCCUGAUGAGUUUUCUGGUUCUGUCCGGUCAGGCUGCUUUGUUGAAGUCUGAUGCACUAUGCAUAUAAGCAACUAGUAAAGAAAAAAAGAUUAAAAAAAAAAAGGAGAAAAAAA